AUGUUGGGUAGAAAGAAAAUUAUCAAGACUAAAACUUACUCCUCCAUAUUGCUAACAAUUUUUCUAACUAUUGGACCGGAUAGCGCUUUUGCGGAACGGAAUUGUUUCACAGCUGGUCAAAUUGCUGGUGUCAUAUUUGUAACAUCAUUUACAACAUUCUUCGCCGUUAUUGGUAUCACAAUACUCUUAUGAAUUCUUGCAAAAAGUGCAAAUGAAAUAUGA